AAUUCUCUCAUCUCUCAAAUCGCCAAGCCUCCAACACAUUCGUCGACUAGCAACCGCAGCCAAUUCCCAUGGCGCCCAAGGCCGAGAAGAAGCCAGCUGCGAAGAAGCCGGUGGAGGAGGAGCCCGCGGCUGAGAAGGCGGAGAAGGCUCCGGCGGGGAAGAAGCCCAAGGCCGAGAAACGGCUCCCGGCGGGAAAGUCCGCCGGCAAGGAGGGCGGCGACAAGAAGGGGAGGAAGAAGGCGAAGAAGAGUGUGGAGACCUACAAGAUCUACAUCUUCAAGGUGCUGAAGCAGGUGCACCCGGACAUUGGCAUCUCCUCUAAGGCCAUGUCCAUCAUGAACUCCUUCAUCAACGACAUCUUCGAGAAGCUCGCGGCCGAGGCCGCCAAGCUCGCGCGCUACAACAAGAAGCCCACCAUCACCUCCCGCGAGGUCCAGACGUCCGUCAGGCUCGUCCUCCCCGGCGAGCUCGCGAAGCACGCCGUCUCCGAGGGCACCAAGGCCGUCACCAAGUUCACCAGCGCUUAGGCCAUCCAGCUGCCCUCUCGUGCUGUGCCCAUUUCCCCUCUAGAAGUAGCCUGGGUGUCGCAGCAGCGGCGGUAGUUGCCUACCUCGCUUGUCACCACUCCUCUGUAGUAGUUGGUUUAUGCUGUUUAGUCUAGUGGCGUCUGGCUGAUUCUUGUAAGAAGCGUGUGAUUGUGCUCUUGUGAUUCUGGUGUCGUGAUCCUAAAUAGUAACGUUGGUUAUCGCAACUUCUGAUGUCAAAUCUAUGUGAAUUAUUGCGUUUGUUGCCUGGUUUU